UGCAGCAGUCCCAAUGACAGUCAGACCCAGGAAAUAGAUUUAAGGACCUCCAGUUUUGAGGGGAGCUUGGCAAAGAUCAACACCCUUCGAGGCCAUGCCUACAGCUUUCCCAACGGGUUUCUGCAAGUGCAGCUGGACACCAAUGAGCUCCUGACUAUCCUGAGGCAGUGUGUGGUGAGCCCUGACGUCCGGGACUGCAAACCCUACAUCUCCCAGCUGGCUGAGUACAAGCAAGAGCUUGCCCUCAAGUUCAAGGAGUUUCGGGCAUCCUGCCGCCGUGUGGCAGCCGUUGACAAGAGUCCUACCCACAUGCUCUCUGCCAUCACGAGCAGCUUCCAGGUGCUAAGCAGCCUCAUCGAGACGUUUGUGAGGCUGGUGUACAUC